AAAAAAAAAAAAAAAAAAAAAAAAAAAGAAAAAAAGAAAGACCAAUCGAUGUCAGUAUUAUGAUAUUAUUAUUUAAUAGUGUGUCUGGUGAGUCUGAUCUCUGCUGUCCUUUGGGCAAUAAUUGGGCUAUGCAUGUAUUAGCCUCUAUUUAUUACCAGUCCCAUCCAUUAAAGAAGCUCAGUCACGUUUUUGACUGGUAACAAAUAUGGAGAGGUCCAGCAACAACGACUUCACAUGGGGAUUCUGCAGAAAAAUCAAUUGUUACAUGGAAAGUUUAUGACACUGGAAGAUUUAUUUUUACAGGCCAAAAGCCAAAAGGGUUGGUUUUUCUACACAGAGAUUGAGUUUUUUCUCAAGUGGGAUUUUGUGGGAUUUGUGUAAAAAGAUGGAAGAUGAAGAUAAGAUUGAAGAGAGCAGUGUAAACUUGCUGGGGAGUACUGGGAGUGGUGGUGGUGGUGGUGGUGGUGGUGACCGUAGGUGGGUUGAUGGUAGUGAGGUGGACUCAGAGUCUCCUCCAUGGUCUCUGCUUGAUGAACACGAGGGCACACAAGGGUAUGGAUCUCUCAGGAGGAGGCUUGUCAAGAAGCCCAAGCGUGUUGAUUCUUUUGAUGUUGAAGCUAUGUCAAUUGCUGGCGCUCAUGGUCAUCAUACUAAGGAUCUUUCCACUUGGCGCACUCUUGCUUUAGCAUUCCAAACUCUCGGUGUGGUUUACGGUGACAUGGGCACGAGUCCUUUGUAUGUUUUUGCUGAUGUGUUCACCAAGGUGCCCAUGGAGUCAGAGGUUGAUGUCUUGGGGGCUUUGUCGCUUGUGAUGUAUACAAUUGCUCUUCUACCACUAGCAAAAUAUGUUUUUGUAGUUCUCAAAGCCAAUGAUAAUGGUGAAGGAGGAACAUUUGCGCUAUAUUCACUGAUAUGCCGAUAUGCGAAGGUUAGUAUGCUUCCAAACCGUCAGCCUGCUGAUGAACAAAUUUCAAGUUUUAAGCUCAAACUGCCCACUCCAGAGUUGGAAAGGGCUUUGAAUAUAAAAGAGAAUUUGGAAAGGAAAUCAUCCUUAAAAACCCUUCUCUUGUUGUUGGUUCUGAUGGGAACUUCCAUGAUAAUAGGAGAUGGUAUUCUAACCCCAGCAAUAUCAGUAAUGUCUGCUGUGAGUGGUCUGAAGGGUCAAGUGCCAGGAUUUGGUACAAAUGCUAUGGUUAUUCUUUCAAUUGUAAUCCUGGCGGGGUUGUUCAGCAUACAGCGCUUUGGAACUAGUAAAGUGGGUUUCAUGUUUGCUCCUGUACUUGCUCUGUGGUUCUUUUCUCUGGGAUCUAUUGGAAUUUACAAUAUAUUAAAGUAUAAUAUCACAGUCUUCAAGGCAUUUAAUCCAGCUUAUGUAUAUUGGUUCUUCAAGAAGAAUAAAAAAGAAGCAUGGUCAUGUCUUGGUGGUUGUGUUCUGUGCAUUACAGGAGCUGAAGCAAUGUUUGCUGAUCUCGGUCAUUUCUCGGUACGGGCCAUACAGAUUGCAUUCACAUUUGUGGUGUUCCCAUGUCUUCUUUUGGCUUACAUGGGCCAAGCUGCAUAUCUGAUGACAUACCCAGAUUCUUCUGAAAGAAUAUUCUAUGAUUCUGUGCCAGAUAGCCUUUUCUGGCCAGUCCUUGUUAUAGCCACCCUAGCUGCAAUGAUUGCCAGCCAAGCAAUGAUAUCUGCUACGUUUUCUUGUGUUAAGCAAUCUAUGGCUCUUGGAUGCUUCCCGAGGUUGAAGAUAAUUCACACCUCCAGGAAACGAAUGGGUCAAAUUUACAUCCCAGUUAUCAACUGGUUUUUAAUGAUCAUGUGCAUACUAGUUGUUUCCAUCUUCCGAAGCACCACAGAUAUUGCCAAUGCUUAUGGCAUAGCUGAAGUAGGUGUCAUGUUGGUCAGUACCACCUUGGUAACACUAGUAAUGCUUCUCAUCUGGCAGACCAACUUGUUUCUCGCUCUGUGUUUCCCGCUCGUAUUUGGAUCGAUAGAGCUCUUGUACAUGUCAGCAGUUCUAUCAAAACUGUUGGAGGGUGGUUGGCUGCCACUUGUUUUCGCUUCUUUCUUUCUCUGUGUGAUGUAUACUUGGAACUAUGGCAGUGUGUUGAAGUAUCAGAGUGAGGUUAGGGAGAAGAUAUCCAUGGACUUCAUGUUCGAACUUGGUUCAACCCUUGGGACAGUGAGAGUUCCAGGAAUUGGGUUGCUAUACAAUGAGCUUGUCCAGGGUAUUCCAUCCAUUUUCGGACAGUUUCUUCUAAGUCUUCCAGCUAUCCACUCUACCGUAGUCUUUGUUUGCAUCAAGUAUGUCCCAGUUCCGGUGGUCCCUCAAGAGGAAAGAUUCUUGUUUCGGAGAGUUUGCCCAAAAGACUACCAUAUGUUUCGUUGUGUUGCCCGGUACGGUUACAAAGAUGUCAGGAAGGAGGAUCACCGUGCAUUUGAGCAACUUCUGGUUGAAAGCCUCGAGAAGUUUCUAAGAAGGGAAGCUCAAGAUCUUGCCUUGGAGAGCAACUUAAAUGAUCAGGAAUUUGACAGUAUUUCAACGAUAUCAAGGGAUUCCGGAGUCCAAGCUGGUGAUGGGAACAACGAUCUUAGAAUUCCAUUUUUGCACGAUGAAAGAUUCAACGAGGCAGAAACUUCAGCUUCACAAGAAAUUGACUCAGCAGCACUACCACCUAGUAUGAUGUCAGUGGAUGAGGACCCUAGUCUGGAGUAUGAGCUUUCAGCUCUUCGAGAAGCAAUGGAUUCAGGAUUUACUUAUUUACUCGCUCAUGGGGAAGUGAGAGCGAAGAAGAACUCUUUUUUCCUGAAGAAACUGUUUAUAAACUACUUCUAUGCAUUCUUGAGGAGGAAUUGUAGAGCAGGUACUGCAAAUAUGAGUGUACCUCACAUGAAUAUAAUUCAAGUACGAAUGACAUAUAUGGUAUGAUCUUCGAAACCUCAACAUGAAGAUCAAAUUCGAGUUGGAAUGGUUUCUAUAUGGACUGAUUCGUCUAUUUUUAUUUUAGAAUCUGCCCAUUUAUGGAUAUUGGUUGUAAAAAUUUUAAAUUCAAAACGUCAAAGAAACUAGGAAAAUAGACUACAAAUGGUAAAAUCUUUCAAUGAACUGUCGCUGUAUACUGUUUAAUGUUGAAGUAGAAAAGUCAUGGUAUGUACAUUUUUUGCUGUU